AUGGAAUAUCUGAAGGAUGUAGCACCCGAAGUGCUGAAGAUCGCCGACUCGCUGGCACCAAAGACCACUCGUAAGGCCAACCGCACCCGCUCUAAUGCUUGCGCCAACGUGUUAUGGGCGGUUGCAGUGCUGUUUGGGGCAAUUCCAGCCAUGACUCAGUUGCUACAACCGUUGAUCAAAGUUUUGCUGGAGACAGCAUCCGGCAUGAAUGCACAGGGGUUGGCCAACUGCUUGUGGGCAUCGGCAAAGUUGAAGGAUGACGCUCCUGACGUGCUGAACGUUGUGCCAGCACUCAUUGCCCAAAUUCCAGGCAAGGCGAGCGACAUGAAGCCUCAAGAAUUGUCCAACUGUUUGUGGGCAGCAGUAAAGUUGAAG